AUGCUUCCCAGGCCACUUGGUGGUGUCGUGGAUUCCAACCUUAAUGUGCAUGGGAUCGAUGGCUCGAGGGUAGUCGAUGCUAGUAUCAUGCCUUUACUUCCAUCGGCGCAUAACCAGGCGACGGUCUAUGCAAUCGCUGAAAAGGCAGCGGAUGCUAUUUUACAGCAAUAA